AGAGUAUUCUCGAUCGAGCUCAUCCGUUGUCCAACGAGUUUAGACUCUAAGUUUAGACAUCCCGCACGAUGCCCGUGAUGCAGCAGCUUCACUUGCCGCUGCUGGUCUUGGCAUCGAUGUUCCUCGUUUGUACUGGAACUACGGUGCACGUGUCCGCCACCGGCGAGGCUUCCGUUCCAGCCGGUGGCCAGCCGCAUGCAGCCGAAGGCCCGGUGCCCAUGAUGAGACGUGAGGACGAGCCGAAUCAAGUCCUGACUGAGACUGGCAAUGCACCUCAUUAUGUAAACUGUCUCAGGAACGAAGGUCCACACAGGAUGGGUGAGCACGCAGGCGGUUGGAGGACCCCUGAGGAGUGCGACAGCUUGGCAAAAGAGCUCCAAGCGGCAGUCUUUGGGCUGGAAUGGCCGGAGGGCUCGCAUGAGAAGGGCAAGGCCCAGUGCGCUGUUUGGAAGCACGACAGCCAGCUGAGCAAGAUUGAUGGGCUAUUGGAGCAAUGGGGAUCGCGUCCAAAGUCUGAGUGCAAGUUUCAUACAUACAAACACCCUCUCGGAGGGGCAAAUCGCAUGGCUCUAUACAUUGCACGGUGAUGGUCGCCGCAAGUCGCGGCGGCAUCUACAAGUAGCAGAGUAGGAGAGGGUUUGCAGAUACUUGUGGAAUGGCCUUCCGUCACUGUGAUACUCGACUGCCUGCUCUUGUGAAAACAGUGACGCUCAGUUGCUGCAGGAUGCCCUUCCCA